AGCUCCACAGCAUCCCUUCAUGAUGGAACUAACGAGUGUUGUAUUCAUCAGUCUUGUGUUGUUAUGUGGUGUCACAGACGCACAUGCUGACACCAGUUUGACCGCCUUGACUGGACAAGUGAAAGUCCUGACCGCAAGUAUCCAAGCAUGGAAAGGAAGAGUUGUUUAUAUUAAGACUGAUAUGAAAAAACACUUUAAGAUGUGGGAGUCAUCACUGAAAAAUGAACUGACUAACACGUUCAUUCCUGCCCUGAUAAAGCCUCUAGUGAAGCAAGCGAUUACGGAUAGUCUGAAAGAAGAUUACAGUGGGAAUAUUGUCAGCGGACAUGUUCUAGAUGUUGUUAACAGCCUGAAAGCCAGUGUACAUUAUACCAAGACACACAUUCAGGCAGUAAGCCAACAGUUCAGACAUGUUGAAAGGGAAAGCAACACUUUCAAAGAGAGUCUUGGAAAAUUGCGAGGGGAGCUCAAUAAUGACAUCCACAGUUUACAGCUGCAGCUGAAUGAGACGGUAGCUCGUCAUCGUGAUGAAAAUAUAAUGAACACUGCUCUCAGGGAUGAUAUGAUGACACUGAAUGCAAGCUGUGUGAAGAGAGAAGAGGUUGAAGAGCGCACCAGUGUUGAACAUUCAUAUAGGGAGGGAUUGCAGGAAAUGCAGCAAAAGUUAAAAACUGACAUUCAGAGUUUAAACAUCCAACUAAAUCAGACCAUUGAUGAUCUGCAUGAUUCAAAGCAAGUAAUCACUGGUCUUAGAGAGGACACGGUGAUACUGAAUACAAGCUGUGUGAAGAGAGAAGAGGUUGAAGAGCGGACCAGUGUUGACCAAUCAUACAGGGAGGGAUUGCAGGAAAUGCAGCGAAAGAUAAAAACUGACAUUCAGAGUUUAAACAUCCAACUAAAUCAGACCAUUGAUGAUCUGCAUGAUUCAAAUCAAGUAAUCACCGGUCUUACAGAGGACAUGGUGACACUGAAUGCAAGCUGUGUGAUGAGAGAAGAUAUUAAAGAGGUCGAUGUUACUGAAAGGUCGCUGACUACAUCGUCGUUGUCGCAGAUGUCAUUCACAACAUCGCCCCCUUCGUUUCCUGGUGCUGCAGGAGCCUCGAGCGACCCGAGUGGAAGCGAAAGGAUUAGAACCCAAGAGUCUAAUCUACAUGUCUCGAGUGAUCCGAGUCGGACCGAGGGGACACCAGUGACAACACAAAAGACUGCUACACAGGCGACUUCAUCACCAGCAGACUGCAGCCGCCUGUAUCACGCCAGCGAUGCCGGGAACCUGGAGGAGGUGAAGCGGCUCCUGUCACUGAACGUCGACGUCAACUGUAGGUGGUAUAGCAGGACACCGGUGAUGGAGGCAGCAUACUACGGACACAGAGACGUGGUGGAGCUCCUGGUGAGUAAAGGAGCUGAUGUGUCACUGGUGGACAAGGACGGUAACAACAUCCUUCACUACGCCUGUACAGGAGGAUAUGUGGAAGCGGUGAAGCUUGUGCUGUCACUGAACGUGGUGGACAUCAACAGUAGAGGAUGGAGGAGCAGGACACCGGUGAUGGGGGCAGCACACAGCGGACACAGAGACGUGGUGGAGCUCCUGGUGAGUAAAGAUGCCGAUGUGUCACUGGUGGACGAGGACGGUAACAACAUCCUUCACUACGCCUGUGUGGGAGGAUAUGUGGAGACGGUGAAGUAUUUGCUGUCACUGAACGUGGUGGACAUCGACGCCAGGGACAACGCUGGCCUGACAGCGGCGGACUGGGCAAGAUACUGGGGACGUCAGCGAUUGGUGGAUCUGCUGGUGUCCAGAGGCGCUCAGUGACGGCAGUGUCGUGGUUGUGUAGACGGUGGAGGAGACGUGACAGUGACGUGGUGUGCUGUUCACGUCGUUCUGUGUAAAUAUGUCAUGAUUUAGGUGAAACUCUUUGUAGUUUUUGAUAUAAACUUUAUUUUUGAGAUAAAUAAAACUUGUA